UUAAAGGUAUAACUUCAAAUUAUACCAUAAAGGGAAAAAACUAUAGCACCAAUGCUAUAUAGCAUAGUAAAAUUCCUCUUCCAGAUGAGAAACAACUCAACAAUAGGGUGGCCCAUUUAGUGGCUAGAAAGGCCCUUUCUUUGUACCCGGCUAUGAGUCGGCAUUUUAAUUUUCUGGCCUGGCUUGGUUCCAGGGUGUAACUAUCGAUUUUGCUAUCAAUAUAUGAUUAUCUUUUGUCAAAAAAAAAAAAAAAACUCAACAUCAUUUUCUUAUUUAUAAAUAUGUCAAUAUUUAAAAAAAUAAGUAGAGAGUUUUUUUUUUCCUUUUUACAAGGUUCAGUUUCAUUACAAGUUAUUUUCAUUUCGUCGUGUAUUCUCCAAUUAGGAUGGUUUUUUUAUUGACCAAGUUUUUUCAUUUCGUCAUAUUUUCUUCAAAAAAUAAUUCAUUACAUCCUUUCAGCAGUCAGCACUAGUUCCAUCUCCCUUCGAUGAUUUGUGUAGUACAAGUUUGCUUAAGGGGAUUUGGUUGAUUGGGUAUGAGUGGGUGCACUGUAAAUCUUUUGCACCCUUUUUCCCCAACUUUUUCCCUCAUUCCAUUUGUGCCGGUUUAUGCCCUUCCGUUGAUUAAAAUGACGAUUGGCCAAAAGUUUUUUCAUUAAUUAGUGUUUUCUCCAUUUUUUUUCAUUACUUUCUCUUCUACAUUAGUAGUUUCGUCUCCGACCGAUUAUUUUCUUUGCAAUUAGUCAAAUUAUUUUUCAUUUUUUUUUUUUUACAAAGAUAGAAUUUCAUUCAUUUCAACGGUGAUUGUAGUACAAACUAAUCGUAUUACAACAUAGGGUAAAUGAUGUUAAGAACUUGAAUCCACCCCUGAUGAAGUGACCCUUUUGCAGCUUCUUUUGCAACCCAGUCCGCACAUUUGUUCUCCUUUCUUGGACAAAAAGCAAUCUUGAUCCCACCAUUCGCAUGGAGGAUUUGCCUCAUCCAUUGAAUCCACGCCCUAACUUGCCAAGGUCCAGCUUUGCUUGUAUUAAGAAUCGUAUCGACCAAGACCUUACAGUCAGAGUGGAUGGUCGCCGGUCGAACUCGCCCAUCAAAUGGUUAUAAAAGUAUAAGGAGUAAGCAAGGAUUUAAGAAGGAUGUGCAGAAGGUGACAACAAAAUUAGAUAGCUAGCAUGUAGCCUUAUUCUUGACAACACACAUAUUGCAUCUGUGGAUCAUUUUGACUUAUGGUUCAAAAAAUUUAGCUCGCCUAUUUAUAUGGGCUACCAAAAAUCCAAAUCCCAAUUGGGCCGCUCUGCCCAAAUUUGUUCUCGCUCUAAAAAGUACCAGGCCAACUAAUACACUUUCGCAGCUACCCAUUCCGUGCUGUAAUCCUCCGCUGCCGGGGACUAUGAAAAUGGACCUCCUUUUGUGGGCUUUUUUUGGGCCUGGAUUAGCAGUUGGACGACAAUGGGUUAAGCCCACCUAUAGUUGGGCCCCAGUUUGCUAUCUAUCUGACGGUGCCGGAGGAGGACCCCGUUGGUUCUCCGGCCUAAACCCCACGCGGUUUCUCUUUAACUCCUCUCAAUAAUUUUUGCUAACCCAAUCCCAACCAUGUCAAUUAUGAUUUUAUGAGAUGGGAAAACUUGGGAAAAAGAAAAUGAGAACACAUCACAAUAAUACUAAAAUUCAAUUAGGGUCAAUUUGGAUGUUGAAUUUGAUUGAUGGGUUGAGAAUCAAAAAUCUAGGUAAAGCGGAGUGAAAAAUGUGUCAUCUGAAUAAAUUCACAAAUCAUGAGAGUAAAAAUGCGAGCCUCGACUGAUUUGACGAAUUUAUAUAUAGAGCCUCUGUAACUGUGUAUUUUAUCCUUAUCAGUUUCGCUGCUUCAGAUUUAUCACCAACUAAAACAAAGUAAAAGAAAAGAAAUAAGCAUCGAUUAGCAUUACUAAAGUAAUUUUUUAAAACUUACAAGUCAACAAUAAAUUCAUAAAAUCGAGCAUCCAAAAAAAAUUUAAACCCAGAACAACCACAAUUCAUCACUUAUAAACUAUAUAUUGUUAUUUCAUAAUGCCUCAUAUCAUACACCCAACAAUUUUAAAAUUUUGGUAGUGAUCAUCAUCAUGGUUAACUAUUAAACAGAUAAUUAAAGGAGCUUACACAUUGGAUAAUGCUUGAUUAAGCAUGUGAGACGGUGGCAACUGGCAUGCUUGCAUGUUCUUCUGGAUCCACCUAACUCAAUAGCUUAUUGCCAUGAAACUCAUUACCACACCUAACAUACAACCCUCACAUUUAACUUUUUUUUUAGACAAGUCGCAAAUUUCUCUCUACUAAUACGUUUGAGAUCACACGUAGAAAUAUGUUAUAUCGCUUAAAUACACGUACUGAUAACUAAAAUAAUAUAUUUAAAUGAUAGAAUCGUGAAUUCUAACACAAUUUUUUUUUUUUUACUAGUUGAGUUGAUCUUUCCAUGCAGUAAUUAACUUUCCUCCACCAUUCAUGGCAACAAAUUGCUGAAAGAUUAUGGGUUGUCCCAUAAUCUCCAUUAAUGAAAAGUCAAUUAGGUGAAGGGCCAAGUCAACAGAAGAAAAAAAAAUCAUCUCUGGUCUGGUCGGGCUUCAGUUCACCAGAUUUUCAAACACGACAUGGUCUUCGAUUCACAUUGACUGACUGUGAUAAUUCCAGUGGCUCAAAAGAUUGCAUCUUUUACUUUUGGUAUUGACAUCACAACAACAAAACUAGUUAGAAAAUUCAAACUUCCACACAGAGAAUAAAGAAAAAGAGAGAGGGAGGCAAGCCAAUAAGAUUAUUAGCUGUGUUGAUAAUCGAAAUCCAAAUCCACAGCUUCUGGAAUCUCCCUUUGCUUGGCCAUUCCAUUCUCAACUCAACCAAUAUUUCCCAAAUCCCCAGUUCUCGUGAUUCAGCUAACAAAAUGGAUCCAGAGAAGGUCGAGCCUGGGAAUGCCACAGAUUCUGAAUCCUCAGUCACAUCUUCUGAUGCCCAUUCUGUCACCUCAGAGCAAUCAUCUUCUUGUUCUUCAUCGGGAACUCCCAGCAGCAGAAAGGAAUUUGAAUCAAUCGAUUUCAAACAGCCAAACCGGGAACAACAGUCUGGUGUUUCUGAUGAUGCAGCAGCAACUUCAUCGCCUAAUUACAUGAAGACCACCACUUCCUCUGUAGCAAAGAAGAGCAGCAGCAGCAGCAGCAAUUCCCAGAGAUCAGGAGGUGGAAGUCUUACCAGGAGAGGCAGUUUCGCAAAGCCUGCAAAGGGUUUGGCAAGGCUGUCUAGCUCGAAAUUCAGGAUGAGGAAAUCUUUCAGAAGGGGCAGGCGAGUUAAUUCAGUAUCAGAUGAUGUUGAUUGGUGUUCUUCUGAUUCAGAGGGAGGAAGGAGUGCUAGUGGGACUAAAUCUGUGAGGACUUUAGUAAAGGUGGCCAGUCUGAGAAUAAGGAGGCAGUCUAAAACAAGUGUAGUGAAAGCCACUUGUUCAUCAGCUCUCAAGGGUUCUAAGGCUGAUGGAAACCACUCCAAUGGAAGUUCUGCUGCUGCUGCUGGAAUGAAGGUUUGUCCAUAUAGCUACUGUUCAUUGCACGGCCAUCACCAUUCCAAUAGUGAUCAAGUGCCUUCACUGAAACGGUUUGUAUCAAUGAGAAGGAGAAUGUUGCAACCCAAGAAGAAGGUUAAUAGUUCAUCUGAGAAAGCUAGCCAGCAGUCUUCUUAUAGUAAGAGUAGGCCAAAACGUUCCAACAAGAAAAACCAAGGGGAUCAAACCAAAAAGGGUGAUGUCAUUUCUGAAAGUUGUGAACUUGGGCAGGCAGCAAAUGGCGGCAGACAAGAUUCUCGUGUUAAAGUAAAAAGUGGGCCAUUAGAGACCGAUAUCUCCAAUAUUUGUGAAGGUCACAAUCAGCCACAGGCCGGAUCAAGAGAGAUUACAGACUUGGUCACUUCUCCUUCUGAUAAAGAACAGAAUGCAGAAAUGGAAGGCCGUCAUUUUGCAGAUCAUAAGCCGGAUGGUGCCCAUCUUUCUUCUGAAAAAUCGAUGGAGAAGAACAAUUACAUGGGGUUAUGGGGCUUGAUCUAUCAGCAUAUGGUAUCGGGCACUGCUGUGACAGAUGGUGAUGAAUCUCAGCAGCCUGAGAAACUUGGGGAGCAACAUGUUGAGGAGUCUUCUGGAAUGGAUCUAAGAGCUGAUAUAGAAGUUGAUUCCCACCAGGAUGAUGCAAUCAAGUUGGUUCAGGAAGCAUUUGACAACAUCCUCUUGGAGAUUCCGGACCCUUUAUCCGAUAACCAAUCGGUGAGUUCUGUAGACACAGCUUCUGAUGAGCUUGGAGACAACAAGAACAACACCAGUGGUUCAAUGGAACAGGUACAACAAGAGCAAAGGAAGCUGGAAGCUGAAAUUUCUAUUGAUUCUCAAGGAGAUAAAGCAGAAGCAAAGGUAGGAAACAAAUCUGGUCAGAAAAGGCUCAAUGGUUGGAGCAAUCUGAAAAAGAUUAUGUUAAUGAAAAGAUUUGUCAAGGCAAUGGAGAAGGUCAAAAACUAUAACUACACACACAAGCCUCGAGGUCAGUCUAUAGAGCAAGAUGAGGAAGCAGCAGAAAUGGUUAAUCUACGUCCUCAAUCGAUUGGACAGAAGAAGAACUCGGAGGAAUGGAUGCUUGAUUAUGCUAUUCAGAAGGUCAUUUCAACAAUGGCUCCAGCGCAGAAAAGGAAAGUGGCUCUUAUUGUACAAGCAUUUGAAACAGUAGCACCUCAAGGAGAAACUGGCAGUCAUGCAGCUUCGAGUACUCCGAAGACUCCAGUUCAAAUAAGUCGCGACAUCUCAACUCAGAAGUCUCAUGAGCAGGAGGAAGAGAAAGCAAGAUUUGGCAUCCUACUACGGAAGGUAUCUACUGGUUCCAAAGAGAAUCAUGAUCAAGAUGCUGGAGCCUGCACAGUAAAACAGCACAUCCAUGUGCCUUGUCCUGAACCAGCAGUUGACGAACUAGCUUCAGAAACUGGUGAUGCAGAUUUGAAUUCAGCUGGGCAUGAUGAUACUGGUGAUUUGAUCAGGGUCGAACGAGAGUCCGAUGGACACAUUGGUCCAAUUGGCGAAAACCCAGAUGAACCAGGAUACCAAAUUACAAAAACCCAUCAGGAGGAACUGAUUCUAGACGACAGUUUCGAUAAUGGUACAUCUGAAGAAAUCACAAACGAAAAUGGGGACACUCAAACAGCCACUGCAGCUGAAAGCCCUGUGGGAAAGCAGCAACAUAUGAAGCUUUGGUAUCUGAUAUACAACCACAUGGUUUCAGGAACGACAGAACCACUUCAAGAAAAUGGUGAAGAGGCAGAAGAAGGCACACCCAGUGGGAAGGAAGAGUCUCGCUCUCAGCUCGAAGCCAUAAGGCUUGUGGAAGAGGCUAUCGACGAAAUCCCUCUUCCGGAUACUCAAGACGAUGUACCUGCCUCGAUCAACCCGCAUGUAGAAGAAGCUUCAACUGGCUGCAACAAAGUUAGACUUGAAGAACUCAAUAGUUCAAAAACAGAGGUGAAACCAAGUUGCGAAGAAGAUGUUAAAGAGAAGGAACAAGCAAAGCCACCAAUGAGGAAGAGCUGGAGCAAUCUGAAGAAGGUGAUAUUGCUUAAGAGAUUCAUCAAGUCAUUGGAGAAAGUGAAUGACAGCUGCUUGACUUCCUCGGCGAGAAAGGUCAUUACGCCAAGGGAGCCACAGUUUCUGGCUAUGGAGCAUGAAAAAGAGGCAGAGAAGGUCCAGCUGAGGAACCAGGAAGUAGGAGGUAGGAAAAGUGGGGAUGAAUGGAUGCUUGAUUAUGCUCUUCGACAGGUCGUAGCUCAGCUGACACCGAUCAGGAGAAGGAAAGUCGAGCUGCUGGUUGAGGCUUUUGAGACUGUCACUCCCAUUGGCAACUGAAACAUUGCCUUCCAAUUCCUGCUGAUAAUUCUUUGUAGGUGUCAUGGUUUCAUAAAUAUACACUGUAGUGAAGU